UUUGAUAAUAUAAUGCACAGAUACUGACAAGUAGCACAAUUGCAGACACUGGAUCUCAGUCAGCAAUGGAAAAUCGUGUGGCGAUCAUCGGAGCAGGAGCUAGUGGGCUUGUAGCCUGCAAGUACACUCUCAACAAGGGACUCACUCCAAUAGUUUUUGAAGCUGAAGAAACGAUCGGAGGAGUUUGGGCACGUACUAUUGACUCAACCAGGCUCCAAAACACCCAACAAGCAUACCAGUUUUCUGAUUUUCCAUGGCCUUCAUCUGUACAAGAUUUGCAUCCUACUCACACCCAAGUUAUGGAGUAUCUUGAAUCUUAUGCUCAUCAUUUCAAAAUCUUCCCUUGCAUAAAAUUCAAUUCCAGGGUCAUCUCUUUAAAUUACGUUGGAGAAUCUUUUGAAGCGAUGGAAUCAUGGCAUCUUUGGAGCGGAACUGGCAAGGGAUUUGGCUCUAAAGGAAAAUGGCUUGUCAAGGUUCAGCACACCAGAACUUGCAGCAUAGAGGAAUAUCAUGUCGAAUUUGUUAUUCUGUGCAUUGGACAAUUCAGUGGCCUUCCAAACAUUCCAGAGUUCCCUCCUGAUGCAGGGCCACAAGUGUUCAAGGGCAAGGUUAUGCAUUCAAAUAACUUCUCAGCUUUCCAUAAUUUGGGUGUUGAAAAUUUUGUCAAAGGAAAGAAAGUUGCAGUCAUUGGUUCCUUCAAAUCUGCAGUUGAUAUAGCAGCAGAAUGUGCUAAUACAAAUGGAGUCAAUUUUCCAUGCACAAUGAUUCAAAGGAAUGCUCAUUGGUUUUUGCCCACUGGCUUGCUCUCUGUGUAUUUGCUUGGCUUUUUGUACUUCAAUCGCUUCUCAGAAUUGUUGGUUCAUAAGCCAGGAGAAACAAUUUUGUUCAGCUUUUUGGUCACCUUGCUUUCACCCUUGAGAUGGGUAAUUUCAAAAUUCAUGGAGAGCUAUGUCAAGUGGAAUCUACCAUUGAAGAAGUAUGGAAUGCUACCCAAAUUCAGAUUUGAUGAAGAUAUUUCUUCAUGUCAGAUUGCAUUGCUACCCGAAAAAUUCUUCGACAAAGUGGAAGAAGGAAGUAUCAUCAUUAAGAAUUCACAAAGCUUUAGGUUCUGCAGAGAAGGUCUGGUUAUCAAAGGAGAAGCUCAGCCAUUAGAAACAGACAUUGUGAUUUUCGCCACAGGAUUCAAAGGUUAUGAAAAGCUUAUGAACAUUUUCGAGUCUUCAGUUUUCCAAGAUUGCAUAAAGGCUACUACACCACUUCUCCUUUACAGACAAAUACUUCAUCCUAGAAUACCCCAGUUGGCGAUUAUAGGAUUCAAUGAGAGUUUCUCAACUUUGGGAAACUCUGAAUUGAAGAGCUUAUGGAUAGCAAAUUUUCUUGAUGGAAAGCUGGAAUUGCCUUGUAUUAAGGACAUGGAGAAGGAGGCCAAGAUGUGGGGAGAUCACAUCAAGCAAAGUACUGGAAGAUACUUUAAGAGAGGUUGUAUUGGCAACAGUAAUAUAUGGUACAAUGACCAGCUCUGCAAGGACAUGGGAUAUAACCCUAGAAGAAAGAAAGGGUUUUUAAGUGACUUGUUUCUACCAUAUGCACCAGCAGAUUAUGGAGAUCUCACUAUCAAGUGAAGUUGAUCAAUCCUACAAGCUGUGAAAAUUAGAAUAUCUAAUUGCUACCAUAUAGAUUAAUAAAUUAUGCAAGUCUUGUAGUAGCUUUCACAUAUCCCAUCUAUAUAAAAGUUUUAAGACCCUAAAAUCAUUCCUAUUAAUAUGUAAUGUGAAGCAAAUAUGACAAUUUAUUAUUAAGUGAGAAAUUUUAUUUUGUGAA